UUUUACAGAUGAUGCUUCAGUGAACAUUAUUGUUCAUACCUACUUGGGCACAUGUGCAAAACUUCUCUGAAGUAUAUGCCUGAGAAUGGAAUUGCUAGCAUGUGGGCAUGGGUAAGUUCCCUCUCCAUGGGAAUGAUUUUCUUUUGCUGCCCCAUAGCCAGUGUCUUCACAGACAUAUUUGGCUGUCGGAAAACAGCUGUCAUGGGUGCUGCUGUUGGAUUUGUUGGACUCAUGUCCAGUUCUUUUGUAAGUUCCAUCGAGCCUCUGUACCUUACCUAUGGAAUCAUAUUUGCCUGCGGCUGCUCCUUUGCAUACCAGCCUUCAUUGGUCAUUUUGGGACACUAUUUCAAGAAGCGUCUUGGACUGGUGAAUGGCAUUGUCACUGCCGGCAGCAGUGUCUUCACAAUUUUGCUGCCUUUGCUUUUAAGGGUUUUGAUUGGCAGCGUGGGCCUCUCUGACACACUGAGGGUCCUCUGCAUCUUCAUGUUUGUUCUCUUUCUGGCUGGCUUUACUUACCGACCUCUUGCUUCCAGUGCCAAAGAUAAAGAGAGUGAAAGCAGCAGAUUCUCCCUCUUUUCCAGGAGAAAGUUCAGUCCUCCAAAAAAAUUUUUCAAUUUUGGAAUCUUCAAGGUGACUGCUUAUGCAGUGUGGGCAGUUGGAAUACCACUUGCACUUUUUGGAUAUUUUGUGCCUUAUGUUCACUUGCUGAAACACGUGAAUGAAAGAUUUCAAGAUGAAAAACAUAAAGAGGUGGUUCUCAUGUGCAUUGGCAUCACUUCUGGAGUUGGGCGACUUCUCUUUGGCCGGAUUGCAGAUUAUGUACCUGGUGUGAAGAAGGUUUAUCUACAGGUACUUUCCUUUUUCUUCAUUGGUCUGAUGUCCAUGAUGAUUCCCCUGUGCAGCGUCUUUGGGGCCCUCAUUGCUGUCUGUCUCGUCAUGGGUCUCUUCGACGGAUGCUUCAUUUCUAUCAUGGCCCCCAUUGCCUUUGAGUUAGUUGGUGCACAGGAUGUAUCCCAAGCAAUUGGAUUUCUGCUCGGAUUCAUGUCUAUACCCAUGACUGUGGGCCCACCUAUUGCAGGGUUACUUCGUGACAAACUGGACUCCUAUGAUGUGGCAUUCUACCUGGCUGGAAUUCCUCCUCUUAUUGGAGGUACUGUGCUUUGUUUUAUUCCAUGGAUCCAUAGUAAGAAGCAAAGAGAGAUCAGCAAAACUACUGGAGGAGAAAAGAUGGAGAAAAUGUUGGACAACCAGAACUCUCUGCUAUCAAGCUCAUCUGGAAUCUUCAAAAAAGAAUCUGACUCUAUUAUUUAAUGUCUUAUAUACCUCCACCAGACUGGACUUGCUUUUGAAUUUUAAGCAAGGUUUCCUUUUAUAUGAAUUGCAAAUUUCUUAUUUUUUUAAUCAUAUCAUCAGAAUAGCACAAUAAUUGGGAAAUAGAAACCUUAUUACUACACGGACCAUUUUCUGCCACUGGAUAGCUGUCUGAUAUUUCCAGGAAUCUGAGGAAAGACUCAGUUGCAGGAAAAUAUGUCUAAAAGUUAAAUAUUGUGAACCUUUGAAGUUAUCUCAGUCCAAAGCAACUUUGGAAACUGUGAAUGCUAUUAGCUUGUACAAUUAUUUUAAAAUACCUCAGGCUAUACUAAAAGGGUUGUGGUUUUGUUAGGUCUGGAAAUAUUUUGUCUGUUGUCUCACAUGGUGUCUUCAGUUCUGGUACUCUGUUUUAAUGUCUUCUGCUCUUUGGAAACUUUUUGCAAAAUUUAAGCCUGUCUUCUAGAUAAUACCAGAUCUACCUAAACCUCAAGUCUACUUUAAAGUUGCUUGCCUGAGAGGUAGCUGUGUGAUUAGAACAUACUGACUUGCUCCUGCAUUGAGGGACCUUCUGGAAGCGGAUGCUAACAAUGUAUUCAGUAUUGAUAUGUGAGAUGAAAAGCAUCUGCGUCAGAAGGCAGAGCAGUUCAGGAGUAAGGCAUUUCUUCUCAUUACCUUUGUCCCCUUUGGGUUUGCAGUGCGUUUUAUUCAAGUAGCCAGAAGCAUCCCAGAUUUCUGAUUUGUUUUGACAAUAAAGUAAAAUAGAAUAUUUUUACCUUA